AUGCAGGACUCCAUGGGGAACUACUUAAUCGCACUUCCUUUGUUGUUCUUGCUGUGUCACUCCAUCCUGAGUCUCGGAAGGCAGGACCUGCCAGGUCCACCUCAGGUGUAUCCCAGCAGUGCAUUCGUGGUGCGGACUCCUCACAGGUUGAUUGGAGUGGCACCAUUCACUUUUAGCUUUUCUGGCAAUCCCUCCCGACGCUGCGAACUCUUAAGAAUGGCAUUUAGGCCAAUGGCUGCUUUAAAGACUUUGCCAAAGCCUAAGAACAUCAAACAACUCCUGCAGUGUUCAAACGACAAGUGCCGAGCGCUGGCCAACCCGUUCUGGGUGACGAGAGACAGUGACGGGAAGCUGGUGUGCAACAUCUGCGAGGUUGCCGUCUCUGUGGCUGAAAACACUGAAGACACUUCUCUGAGCCACAACUUGUUGUCCGGGACGGACGUGCACUGCCUGGUGGGUAGCGGCCAGCCUCGUAUCCGGCCCAGGCUGGUGUUUGUGCUGGACGGCGCACUCCUUGACGUGCGGACCUGCAUCCACAGAUGGGCCGCUGCCACGCACGGCGUGCCGGACGUCGAGGUUCUAUGUCACGAAACCCGCACCUGCCGGCUUUAUUCAGACGGAAAGAUUCAGGAAGAAGCAAUGGAAGGGCGUGGCUCUCUGGGCACCGUGGUGGACCGUGCUUGGACGGCGGUGGCUGCUCGUGGCGGGAGGGUGGUGUUCAUCAGCGGCCAAGAGGGGCGUACGAUGAAGGCAGACGUCUUGGAUGCGCUGGUGGUGGCGGCGUCUCAGGUCACGUUGAACGUAGUUUGUGUCAGCGGGCAGGCGGUGGGCAUGAACCCGCUGCUGCAGCCCCUGGUAAUGCACCACCAGGCUCAGAACGGAGGCUCCACGCGACUGGUGGAGCGCUCCAGGGACGUGCUCAAGCUGGUACAGUCUGGGAUCUUUCUUUUCCGAGGGGUGAUGGCGCACGGGAGGGUGAGGUGGACGCCGGGCGUUGAGGUGGUGAGGGUUGAGGGGAGGGGGGUCACUUCCUGCUUCCAUCCAGACACUGAUUCUUUCUCCAUGGCGUGCGUGGACCCUGAGAGGCAGCUGGAGUUCAGGCUCAGAGUGGAUCCAGACAAGGUAUUCUCCCGUCAUCGCCUCUCCGAUCCCGAGGACAACAACGUGUAUUUUCAGCUGCAGAUGCUGUACACCAACCCCGAGGGUAAUACGGCGCUGUGUGUCUUCAACAGAAUGUUCAGCAUCGAUGACGGGCAGUGACGGAGUGGUGAACGUAAUCGAUACAAGACACCGGGACACUGAGAAGAGUUCCGGGAACAAGAGGCCCGCGAGGCUUGGGCGGUGUGGUGUGGUUUCAUUAAUAUCCACCCAUAUUGUGCGCCACUCAUCAUAUUCUUAUUAACCUUCCUUUAUUACCCUCACCAUCCACCCCAUUCCUCUCCAAUCCUUUCCCUUGCCGCCUCGCCUCCCUCCCACCGGGACACGCAGCUUUAACCCGGCAAGGCUACAGUGGGCCGAUGUCACCGUUGCCGAAAUAGAUAUGAAACUGUGCAGCUGUAAAAGGCUUGCGUAAACAUGCGCUGCGGGGCAAGAGGGUGCUGGGCAGGGUGCAUCACUGCUUCACGGGCGAUAUUCAUGGCUACGGAAAGCGCGGAUUAGACUUUAUGGCGAAACAAAAGAGUCCGCCUGGAGGGGUUUUUAUUUAGUUUUUAUUUAGUUUUUAUUAAUACGAGCCUAUUGAAUUGUUCUGAAGAUGCAGGAAGAGGCUCCGCGUUUUUGCCUGCUCGAUUCCGUCUAAAUUCAACGAGUUCCAUCUUUGCCAAUAAAGAUAGAUAGAUGGAUGGAUGGAUAGAUGGAUAGAAAGAUGGAUGGAUGG